AUGGCAGUCGAUGAUGAUGGCACAGACUUGGACGCCGCUUUAGAAGCUUUGAUGUUGGAGGUCGAAGUUGCUGCAGAGUUACCUGUGGUGCUGCCUAGCUGUGAUAGCCAGUUGGCACUGUUGCCUGUCGAAGAUCAAGCUGCAUCGCCGCCUCCCAGCCGGCGGCGGCGUCUCUCGAUUGAUUGGGCGACCAAGGUCUCCUCUUGGGUGCUUCCACCCGGCGCCAGCAUCGCGGUUUCUACUUUGACAAGUCGCCAAAAGUCUGCCUUUCGUGAUCAAUGGUGUGUCCGCCUGUUGCGCCGCAUGCCCCAUUUGAAAGCCACCAGCUAUACUGACGGCCUUGCGCGAGCCAAAGAGUUGUGGCAGGAGCAGCCAUCUGAUCACAAAACCGGCUGGUUCUUGCACAUGGCAGAUAGCAGCCAUCCAGCACCGCCGUUCCCAGCAGAGAGCACGUUUGGUGACAGAUCUGGUGGCGCUAGCAGGCGUGGCGGGGGCGCCGCUUCAUCUGCAGCAGGUCGUGCAACUUCUCAGAUGACGGAUGAACGGCUGCAUGGCUUUCUCUUGACUUACAAUGGCUCCUGGGGAGCUGGCACUCCAGAGGUGGAUGCUUUGGCCAUGAUGCAAGGCACCCACAAUGAAUUGGUUGCUGCAGUGCGACAGUCCGCCUUUUACGAAGCCUUGUGGCGUGAGUUUGUGACGGAACUGACUUUGAAAAGCAACCAGAAUUGGCCACAGCUUUCCUGCAAAAUGGAAUUGAGUUUGAAAAGAACAAAGCAACAGAAUUUGGUACAUUUUCAUGUGGCGCUGUCGAAUUUCGAGAAACCUCUGCGCCUUGGGGCUUUGCAGCUUUGGGAGUUUCGUGGGGCCUUGCCACAUGUACGUGGCACCAAAGGGCGGGGCAAAGCAUUGCAGCGGCAGCUCGAUGCAGCCCAUUAUUAUGUGCAAGCUCCAAAGUUUGGGUCGGUCUUCUGUGAGAGUACCUAUGUGCGGUUUCAAGACUUUCUCGUGGAAGCCACCUCCAUUAUGUCUUUGUGGCGUUUCUACAAGCUGUCUGACGAGGUUGCUAUUGAGGAGUUGUUGCGGGGCCGUGUUCGAGGCAUCCGGAACCACAUUGCCGAGAUUUCCUUUGUGCAGGAGCAACUGAAACAGAGGCGCGAGGCAGCCAUGCGAGAGGUCCUGGAAGUGCGUUUGUCCCAGUUGCAAAAGCCGGCACGUUGCUUGCCCGCAGUGACAGAGUGGCCGCAACUUUACACUGAUGGGUUUGGCUCUCGCUCCAGAUUUCCUUUCCUGGUUUUGCAUGGACCUUCGCAAUAUGGGAAGACGUCCUUUGCUGUGUCCAUCUUUGGACCAGCUGCCACGCUUGUUGUUAGCUGCCAAAACGUGCAGCAACCCAAUUUGACGCGAUUUGACAGAACUUUGCACAAGUGCCUCGUCUUCGACGAGUGUGAGCCAGAGCUGGUGCUCAAUAACCGGCAGCUCUUUCAAGCCGGCUCCACGCCGGUCAUGCUUGGACAGUCACCGACACAGCAACAUGCUUAUCAAAUCUUUGCGUAUGCUAUUCCCAUGAUUGUCUGCACCAAUAUUUGGUCGCGUGAAGCCGACCCGCCCCACCGCACCUCGCUUGUCUUCUACGUCGGCAUGCUCUUCUCCGUGGACACGUUCUUCUCCGUGGACCUGCUCUUCCGUGGACUUGCUCUUCGUCGUGGAGGAAAUUUCGCCUGCCGCAUUGUCUUCGGGUUCCGGCAGAAGCAGCAAUGGUUUGCAGUUUUGGAGGACUGCUACUGUGGGAUUGAAUUUUGGAGCUUCGCAGUGACAUCUUUGGGAAACAUUUGUCUAACUUCAUUGGGCCAAGUGACUCGUGCGACCGCUCUGGCAAUGGCGCACGGCUUCGUGUUGCGAUUGAUGCAUGCAUUUCAGUUUUUAGUUUUGGGCAAGCGCCUCCAGCUUCCUUUGGCCUUGCAGCGUUUGGCUGUUGCUUUUGCCGUUUUUGAUUGUGGCACCGUGUCGCUGCGAGAGAUGGCCCGACAGGCAAAGCCACCCCAGGAGCCAUUGGGCUUGCUAACCUUGCUGUUCAUUUUUGGCCACGGUUCUCAAUCUGUUUGGUCCAAGCUGGCACCUGCUGCCACCAUAUGCGUUGCUGAGUCCGGUCGUUUCAUGGUUGCAAUGAAGUCAACCGAGCUGCAAGCCUUAAGUCAGCGCACCUACUUAGCUGAAAAAAGGCUGAAGAGAAGCCUGGCCAGCCACAAGCGUUUGUGCGAGAAGCAUUCCUGGGAAACAUUGUUGGUUCUGAUUUGGGGAGGUCAUGACAUGGAAGCAGCUGUGCAAUUUCUGCGUGCGAAACAUACCGAACCCAUGCCGUUUGACGUUGAAGAAGCAGAGACAGAAAUCCUGCGCAUGUACGCAGAGUGCCGUGCAACUGCCUUAGUUCGCUUAGUCAUAGACCCUCCUGCCCGCGAUGCUGCAAAAGUAGCGGACUUUUUGGUGCAGUACCGCUUGUGGUUGUGGACGCGCUGCCAGAACUGCAGAGGUGUAGCCCCAGGACGUUUGCAUUUGAUGCGGCAAGCAACCAAAGAGAUUCCUGUUGGCAUUCCGGCGGCAGCUGCGCAAGUGCUUUUGCGCCGCUUCCAAGGUGCGCCUCGGCUACAGAGACAUUGGUGUCGCAAGUUCCGCUUGCGUUGGAAAGCGCGGCUUGGCCGAUUGCCACUUCAUCCCGCCAUACCAGAAGCUGAGCUUCGAGAGAAGGCGAUGGGUUUCUAUCGCUGGAUGAAUCACGUUGUCUUCACUGCGAAUGAGCCGCUGGUGAUCAACAUGGAUGAAUGCUCGCUGAAGCUCACUUUGACUGGACUUUCUGGGACCAUAGCCGACGUCCAUGCUGGUCAGAAGGCAACACUAGCUGCAUGCAGAGGGGCCAUGACGCUCAUGUCAUGUGUGUCGUCUGAUACAAGUCUCAACCAACGCCUGCCACAGAUAGUCCUUGGAAACCAGCACCAUCUGUCCAAGCGCGUCUUGGCUGCCAUUGCCGCAGAUGCAAAGCUGACAGGAAGCAACUUGCAGAUUUGGUGUGAGCAGUCGUCUUGGGUGACUGUGGACGUUAUGCUGAAGUUUCUGCAUUCUUUGAGCGUAGCCGUGGACGCCCUGAAGUGCCCCCAUCGCACCAUUGUGCUCGUGAUGGAUAUGGCGCCGCCGCAUCUAGCAGCCCCGGUUGCUCGUGCUAUUCGAGACAGAGGCUGGCGUGCUGUGCUUGUACCGGCAAAAUGCACGCCGUUCCUGCAGCCGCUUGACACUUGUGUUUUAGCUGUGUUGAGGAAAACCAUGGCUGAAUGUUGGGUGACAGCUAAAGGGGAGCUCCUGAAUGGAAACAUGACCACGUUGGAGUGGUUGCGUGUGACGGAGGAGUCAGUGCGGAGACGGAGGAGUCAGUGCGGAGAACAAUCUCUGACAGAGAUUGGCCCCACGCUUUUUUGCAAACAGGUUCUGCGUGAAGAGCUCGAUACCUUGAAAGCCAAGCGACAAGAGCUGCGCAAAGAAAUCAGUGCCACUUGGCGAGUUGGGGGCGUGGCAUCAGAUACUUUUUGGCAACUGUGA